AUGACGUCAACAACAACAAACGAAUCGGGCAUAAUUAACACAAUCAUCAAGUUCAAAGACAAUGGAAACAAACUUGUAAAGGCUGAACAAUACGACGACGCGAUAGAUGAAUACGACAAAGCUGUUCAACAGUUACAGUUUGUAACAAACGAGGGACAAUGUGCUGGUUUGAACGCAGUUUUGUAUCUGAACCUGGCGUAUUGUAACUUAAAACUACAAAGAUAUGUCACUUGUAUAAGUUUUUGUGAUGACGUCCUGAAACUAACUGAUGAUAAGAACAUACGUGAAAAAUGUUUAUACCGUCGAGGCGAAGCAAAUCGAUGUUUGAUGCAUAUCGACCGUGCACUUCAAGAUUUUCGAGCAGUUUUGGAAAUCACAUCGACAAAUAAAGGUGCUUUGGACGGUAUUGCUCGUUGUAAAACUAUUCAAAUUAUCCCGUUCGAAAAUGGUACAGCAGAGUAUGCGGAAGUAUCAGCACACGGACUACUAUCGGCACUAUGCUGUUAUAACCGUCUUGAAUAUAUCACUUCGAAUGUGCCACCUGAUCUGAUGUUCCCAUUCGUGUCAGAAGGUCUGUCGUUGCUGAUGGAGAUGGUGUUCACUGACGAUCUUAAAAGUGGAACAUUGAUAAACGUUAUGGAAGCAACGAAUUUUGGAGCGUUCAGUCGAACAGAAAAGAUGCUGUUGGAACACAAUAUUAUAUACGAUGAGAACAUAACAAAUCAAUCUUGUAAUGAAAUGGCAUUUACUGAGGCCCUAUUCCAUGCGAUAGUACAACGUCGUGUCCUAAAAUAUCGAAAAGCAUUGGAAAUUCUGGAAUCUAAGAAAGAACAGUUUUCGACUUCUUCCACAAUUCCGCAACGUUUAUUAUUUUUAUUGGAAAAAUGCUUCUGUCUGAAGUUAAUUCGUCUCGAGGAAAGCACUAAUGGAAAAGGUAGUGCAGAACAUUCGAUCUGCACUAUUGAUUUACUAAGAGAAGCAACGGAAAUCUGUCAAAUUAGCCUGAAUACCUUAAAAGAGUUAGUUAUUGAUAUUCAAACUUUAAUCAUAGAAGAAUACUUUCAACAAAAACAGGCAUCAAUGGUUUAUGAAGAACUUUCUCGAUUGGUAUACAUUGGUAAUCCAAUAUUCCAAACUCAUUUCUGGUUACAAAUCGCGAAACACCAGCUCAGCGAAAAGCGAAUGCUUGAAUUCAUCGCAUGUCUAGCUGUAGCUGGUUAUGCUAUUCUUAAUGACGACAAUGUGCUACAAAUUUGUGAUUAUUAUUUGUUAAGCGCAAAAGCGCAUCUUUACGAAGGCGAUUACGAUGGUUUUGUUGGAUGUCGCGAAAAGACUGAUAGAUUAUUGACUGAAACAUUGUUCAAAAACGAUUAUUCAUCGACUGCUGCGUUUGUAUUUCAAUACAAGACGAUGAUCGCUGCAUGGUAUGACGAGUAUGAAGCGUUAUGCAUCGACUUUUCAAGACGAUCAAGAAAGAAGAAUUGUAAUUUACAAGCGGAAAAAUUGGAACGAGAAGCUUUUCGAACAGCAGAUUGGAGAAUUUCGCGUGGUUAUGUAACGGAAGAAAUGAUUUUAGCUCAUUGCUUCGAACUGCAAAGCAAAACGGUAAAAAUACCAGAGAACUGCGCAUAUUUAACAUACAAAAUCAGUGGCUUUUAUAAUAAAGGUAAAAUUGAUUGUUUGAUUUUUGCAACUGAAUUCCACGAUCUCGUCCGUACUGACUUGGACAUGGAUAAAGAAAAGUUAUUGGAACGACUCGCGCCUAUAUUGAACGAUGUGAAUAAAGAACAUACAUUUGAACAAAACAUUGACGAAAUCAAAAGUAAAUAUCCCGCAUUAUACAAAGAUUUCCUUACACCUAUUGAGGCGUUCCUUAACGAACAUAAAAUCUUCAAUGUGAAAAUCGUUUCAAGUGAUGACUUUUAUCGAAAAGUGUUAGGUAUGCAAACAAAACAAUUGAGUGAAAAGGAUUUGUUAAUACCACCGGAACAUUGUUAUAUUCAAUACUCAUCGUGUACUUUGAAAACGAAUGGAACAAUUUAUUGCUAUGUGAUCUUUGGUCGACAGAAUAUCAAAUUUGAAAUCAUUGAUUUAAAAGAGCACAAUCUCCGAGUAGAUCAGUUUUUAGAUAAUAUAACGUUCCUGGCUGAAGGAUUCAAUGAAAGACCAGACGACAAUUCCAUUGAUAAAUCAGAUACCGAUGUGGAAAAAUGGACGAGAUUACGAAAAGAAUUUUUCAAGAUUCUUUUCGAACCAAUCAUGGUACAUCUCAAACAGAUCAAAUGUAUUCAAAUCAUUGCCGAAGAAGAACUAUUGUACAUACCUUUCUCUAGUCUGUUAAUCUCAGACGAUGACGAGAAGUAUUUGAUAGAUAUAUUUGAAAUUUCAUUUGUUUUGUCAGCUGGCUUUGAUCAACUUUAUCAGUUGAAUUCGCUUAACAAAGAAUCUAAUGUAUCAUGUCAAUUAGAAGUAUUUACCACAGAAACAGUUCAUCCUGAAUUCGAAGAAGAGUACGGCUUAGACUAUUCAUUAGUAGAAAUAAUCGAAAAACUUCAACAUGAGCAAAUUCCAUUUACACCACAUUCAAGUGCAACUAAAGAAGAAGUCGAAAUCUUCUUAAAAAGCAGAAUUCAUUCAAAACCAUCCAUAUUUCACUAUGCUGGUCAUACAUUUUACGAUGAGCAACAAGUACAAAGUAAUUAUGCAUUAAGUGGUUGUAUGAUUUUACAAUAUGACAAUGGCAAAGAACGUCUCGACACAAUGCUUUACUCGAAUCAAAUAGCCAAUUAUGAUCUAAGAAAUAUACGACUUGCCGUUUUAAAUUCAUGUAGCACAUUGAAAGGUAGUUCUCUUACCAGAAGUGGACAUCUGGGAUUGGCACGUGGAUUUAUUAUAGCUGGUGUUUCGACUGUUGUAGCAACGACGAUUGAUUUGGAAACAAAUAUAUCAGUUGAAUUUGCAAAGAGAUUUUAUAAAUAUCUUCAAGAAGGACUUACAAUUUCAUGUUCAUUCACUCGAACAAUUCGUGAUUUGAAAGAAUUGAAAGAUUAUCGAAGUCCUGAUUAUUGGGGACCAUUUGUACUAUUUGGUUGUGGAUUUAACAAAUUAAACAUAGAUACUUAA